AAAUUAAAAUCUGCCACUUGUCAAUUAAUACCUAAUUUUACACUUUUUAUUUAACUUGCCAAAAAUAAGAGGAAAACAAGAAUGUCAUUCCUACGGUCCUACCUCUGGUAACACCACAAGCAAGAAACAACCACCACCAACCUUAAUUACCAGUGCUUGAUUGGCCCGCCAUUGCGACCACCUUUGCUUUCCUGUUUUCUUGCCCUGAACACAAAUCCCAUCACCAUCGUUGUUUAAUCCACUUCCACUACCACCACCAUCACCUUUGCCUUGCUUCUCAUUUUUUUUUUCUUCUUUAUUUUUUUUUUUAUCUCAUUUUUGGUAAGUGAAAUAAAAGGUAGAAAAAGUAGGUAUUAAUUGACAGGUGGCCGAUUUUAAUUUGUGUUACAUAGAGUGGAAUAGAGAGAAGAUUUUGAUUGCCAAAAAUGACAUGAUCAACAUGCGCAUCCAUGCAAAGAUUCCUUAAAAGUUAAAACCCCUGGAUAUAAAUACACUUCAAAGUUCUCCCACUUACACCACCACACCAAAACUUGGGGAGCUCAAUCAAAUCAAAUCAAAUCAAUGGGUUCCAAAACUUCUUCUUCUACUAGAGCAAAACCCUUCAUUUUCUUUCUCCUCUUCCUCUCAUCCUCCCUCUUUUUCACUGUGUUAACCUUUAGACCAAAGCCAAACCUUAUUAACACGCAUGGGCUUCAACAUCAAGCCAAGAUAUCAAAUGGGUUCAAUCUUAUUCCAAAAGAAUUCAAGGGUAAGAAUGUUAAAGUUGGUUUGGUAAAUAUUGUGGGUGAUAGAAUAGAAGCUACAUACAGAUUACUUGGAUUAUCAGAGUCAAAAACUGAGACUGUCAAGGUAAGGUUUGAUCAUGUGUCCAAGGAUUUGACAUGGAGGGACUUCUUCCCUGAAUGGAUUGAUGAAGAUGAGAAAUGGGCUUCACCCAAGUGCCCGGAGAUACCAUUGCCGAGGAAGGAGGAUUAUGAGGACCUUGAUGUGGUAAUAGCUAGGACUCCAUGUGAUAAGGUUAAAGAGAAUAAAGGGAUUAGGGAUGUGUUUAGGUUACAAGUCAAUUUAGUGGUGGCUAAUCUGGUGGUGAGGAAUGGAUGGCUUAGUCCUGAUGUUAAUCGGACGGUGUAUGCUGUGUUCAUCGGGUCUUGUGAGCCAAUGGUGGAGAUUUUCAGAUGUGAUGAUCUUGUGAUGCAUCGAGGAGAUCUUUGGGUGUAUAAGCCUGAGUUGAGGAGGUUGAAGCAGAAGGUACUCAUGCCUUUUGGGUCAUGCCAACUUGCUCCUAGUUAUGCACAAACAGGUCAAGAGGUGUGGAGAAAUUUUAUGUCAGAAUCAAGACAACAGAAUCACAGCAUUACCUUACACCGCCAUAAGAAGGCAUAUGCAACAGUCCUCCAUUCUUCAGAAGCUUAUGUUUGUGGUGCAAUAGCCUUAGCUCAAAGCAUCAUUCAGAGCAACUCCACCAAAGACCUAGUCCUCCUUGCUGAUCACUCCAUUAGUUCCGAGUCCAUCCGAGGCUUAAGAGCUGCCGGAUGGAAGAUUAAACGCAUCAAACGCAUCCAAAAUCCAUUUGCCAAAAAGGAUUCUUAUAAUGAGUGGAACUACAGCAAGCUACGCAUAUGGCAACUAAUAGAGUAUGACAAAGUUAUUUUUAUAGAUGCUGAUCUUUUAGUCCUAAAGAACAUAGAUAAAUUCUUUGUUCAUCCACAAGUAUCGGCUGCAACAAAUAAUAUGAUGAUUUUUAAUUCUGGGGCCAUGGUAAUUGAACCAUCAUUGUGCAUGUUCAAGGAGUUAUUGUCUAAGAGUUUGAAGCUGGAGUCAUAUAAUGGUGGUGAACAAGGAUUUCUUAAUGAAGCUUUUACAUGGUGGCACCGGUUGCCUACAAAGCUUAAUCAGCUAAAAAUUUUCGAUGGGUCGAGCAAUGAGAAGCAUGAGAUAGCAGAGGAUAGUUAUACGAUGCAAUAUUUGGGGUUGAAGCCAUGGAUGUGUUACAAGGACUAUGAUUGUAAUUGGGACAAGUUGGAUCACCAUCAGUUUGCUAGUGACUCAGCCCACAAGAGGUGGUGGCAAGUUUUCGAGGCCAUGCCAAAGAAUUUGCAACCACAUUGUGGACUCACUAAGGAAAUGGAUGCAAGGAUAAGGAAAUGGAGAGGGAUAGCUAGGAGAGCUAGUUUGGCUGAUGGGCAUUGGAGAAUCAAGGUUGAGGACCCGAGACAACACCAUUUUGUGGACUACUUGAGGGAUGCCAACAGUUGAAUCGAACACAAUACUAUUUGUUCUAAUAGUUCUUUUUUUUAGAACAAAUAAUGUAGUGGCAUGGUAGCUUUAUAGACUUUAUACAGAGUCAAUUCUAGAAAAUUUUGAAAUAGUUAACUUUAUGUUAGUUGUGUUGUUUUUUUUUGGACAGAUAAACGAA